GUCAAGACGCCGCCUUUCCCCUCUUUCUCCACAUCGAGACCCAGCAACGAGGCGAGCGCCUUUCUCUGGCCCCUUGCCCUGACCUGCCCUCUUUCUCCUCCCCCUUCCCUGUCUGCGGAUCGGCCCUGGGCAGAUCGUAUCCCUGUCUGGCCCCGACUUGGCUCCGACAUGGUCGUCAGCACCCACGACUCGGACGACAUGCUCGGCAUCGAGGUCCAGCCUAUCGAGUCGAUGGAGGAGGAUGCCGAGAUGGUCGAGGUGUCCGCAGUCGAGCCCGAACCUGUUCAGCCCGAACCAGCUCUGCCCGCCGACCCCUUCGACCCUUGGGUCCAUCCGGUCGAAGCCUUCAUCCGGAUGGCCCGCGACGAGCCCGAUGCACUCUGCAUCAACACCUACGAGAGCGGCGAGUCUGUGCGCUACUCAUACCGCGAUGUGUGGAAACAUGCAUACUCAAUCGCCCAGGCUCUCAAGGCGCUUCCUGGCUGGAACGACGACGGCCACGAUGCCGUCGGCACCUUCUGCGAAGGCGAGGCGCACUGGGUGUUCUUCUCGCUCGCCGUGUGGAUGCUGGGCAAGAAAACCCUCAACUUUGGUCUCAACUGGCCAUCGGCUGUCCGCAAGGCCAUCUGUGCGAGACACUCGGUCAAGUACAUCCUUCACCACUACACCAAGCCUGGAAGGACGGAAGGAGUGACGUUGGUGGACGGCGGCACUUUCCCGAUGCUCAGCGAGGUCCCUGCUCCAUCGCUCGAGCUCUGUGAGCCACUCGACGACUUUGUCGUUUAUAUUUGCACUUCAGGAACGACAGGUAUUCCCAAGUCAUACAAAUUCUCACAUAUUGGCGCAAUGGCCGGUCGAGCUGUAAACGGCAUUCUUCACUGUAGCAUCGGUCUCUGCCAGCUUCCUUCAUUUAUUGUGACCAUGAGCUUCGUCCUUGUAGCCUUGAAUCUCAAGGGAUCGGUUUGGAUGCCCACACCCACAGCUCAAACAAUCGAGAAGGUUGAGAGUAUUAUCAAGAUACUCGACGAUGGAGUUGCGUAUGUGUACUUGACACCAUCAUUUCUCAAGGCACUUGUUGGAAUGGCGCAAUCAACUCGCUCGAAUAUCAAAUGGGAGAAAACACUGAGGCUCGGACUUGGCUCUGAAAUUGUUCCGAUUAGUACGAUCAAGUCUGCCAAGAUAUGUUUUCCGAAUGCCGAGAUUCAAAGUGGCUAUGGCUCCAGUGAGAUCGGGCUUGUCGACGGAGCUUCCUAUUUCCAACUUCCAGCUGAGAGUCUCACUGUACCAGAGAAAUUGGUCUACAAGCUGGCCAAGCCUGGCGUGCGCUGCCUCUUGUUUGACGAGGAGGGCAAUAUCGUUGAUCAAAAUGUCUCCAAGAGCGGCGUCCUCGUCAACGCCGUCGACCCCGACCAUCCCGUCCGCAACCACCCCGACUUUGUCAACGCCGAUCCAAACGACAGACUGGCCUCCUUUGGCUUCCUCAGCGACGGCUCGCCCCGAGUCUGCACCAUGGACUGGGUCGAGAUGGUCAGCGAGAACGAGUUUACGGUCGUUGGAAGAUUCGACCAGAAGAUCAAGGUCAACGGUGUCUAUGUCGACCUGAACCAUCUCGAGGCCCUGGUCGUCCAGCACCUGAGCCACACCAUCGCCGACUGUGCGUUUGUCCAGACCUCCGAGAAGAAGAUCGUGAUGCUGUAUGUUCUCCAGGCCCGCCCCACGACACGCACCGAGCCCAGCGACAUCAUCCGGAUGACCCAGGAUCUGCUUGCACUCGUCAACGUCUCCAAGGUGCCGAUCCACAACUGCUUCCAGCUCGACGAGAUCCCCAUGAUCAAGAAUGGCAAGCGCGACCUCAAGAAGAUCAAGUGGAUCGCCGAGAACAACGAUCUGCACCAAGGAUCCGUUGUGUAUCCCCGUCUCGCCCCCAGCGAGGCCCCGCUGUUUCGCAUCGCGGCUGCAAUCUCCAGCCUCGGCAGCCAGCUCCUCGGGAUUCCCUCUCUCGACGGCCGCAACUACAGCAUCAGCGGAGCUGGGUUUGACUCGCUGAGUGUCGGCCGCCUGGCCCUGGCAAUCAAGGAAGAGUACGAUGUCGAGAUCUCGCCGAUGAUGCUGCUCUCGAACGGCCUGACGCCCCUCGAUGUCGCCCAGCUGGUGAUUGAUCUCCAAGGCAACCACCCGCUGAUGCCGCCGACAGUCGACCUCGACCAGGAGGCCGCCCGGCUCGACGAUGCGAGUGUGACGGCCGAGGGUCUCCCUCCACUUGUCUUUCCCGAGUCGCCUCGCGGCAUCGUCCUGACGGGGGCCACUGGCUUCCUCGGAUCGUUCCUGCUGUACGAGCUGGCUGCCAAGUUCCCUGCUGCCAGGAUCUACUGUCUGGUCCGAGCCGCGAGCGACCAGGCUGCCAUCGACCGCAUCUUUGAGACAGCCAGGAAGCUGAUCCUCAACCCGCAGCAGACGCACUACCUCGUGAACAAUGUCAGGCCGCGACUCGUUGGUGUCUGUGGCGAUCUGUCGCUCGACCAGUGGGGACUGACCAACAAGCGAUGGAAGAAGAUCGGCAAGGAGACCGACAUGGUUGUGCACUGCGGCGCCGAGGUGCACUGGCUCGACGACUAUGAGGCGCUCAAGGGGCCGAAUGUCCUGGGCACGGCGACGGCCCUGCGGCUGGCCACGACCCACCACCUGAAGCCGCUGCACUUCAUCUCGGCGGUCGGGGCGAUUCCCAUGGCACGGGGUGCAAGGACGCCGCUCGAGGAGAGGGUGUAUUCCAACUGGAACGUCUCUGGCGGGUAUGCACAGACCAAGUGGGUCUCUGAGCAGCUGAUCAACAAGGCACGAUCGAGGGGAGUGCCUGCGACGAUCAUCCGACCAUCGCUGAUUGCAAGCGACAGUGUCUAUGGAGUGUGCCACUCGGACGACUACAUCUGGCAGUACAUCAAGGGGUGCAUCCGCAUCGGGAUCGCUCCCUCCAAUGCCACCCCCGUGAUCAUCACCAUGAAUCCAGUCGACCAUGUCGCCAAGGUGGUCGCUGCGAUCGCAGCCUCCGAGGUGGCCCUGCCCAAGUUUGUGUUCCACAUCAGCGACCCAGAGCGCAGCGUCGUCACCGAGACCAAACUGUUCGAGAUCGUCAAUGCCUAUGGCUGGCCCGUCAUGUUCGAGACCCGCGAGCGAUUCAAGGCCCUGCUUUACCGACCGUCGCUGCCCAACGGCUCGUCGAUGCUGACGCUCAUGCAUCUGAUCCUGAGCAUGUCCUUCCUGGUCGACAACACCAACACCCGGUCGAUCUAUUCGGCCCUCGGUUCCCAGGCCGGGAGGAUCGCCGGGCGAGGGCUGUUGUACCUGACCCACAUCGGGUAUCUGCCACCUCCUCUGAACGCUCCGUCACCGCUGAGACCCGAGGAGCACCCGCGGCCCAACAUCUUCCGUCCCGACACCCACAACUAGCUCGGUGGUGGAGGUCACUGCAUGUUUGGCAGUGCCAUUCAUGGUGCAUCCCAUGCACAGCCAUGGUCCUCCACUUGCGCGCGGUGCUUCACAUCUCCCUGACACACAUUCCUGAUCUAUCGCUUCGGAGUCAGUGCACGAUAUCCAGUGCUUGCCGAUGUGUCCCACUCUCACCCCGUCCACAUACCCCGAUGUCGCCCCAGUCGCCCUGUCGGCAAUUGGCUGUCUGUCCUGGUCAAUAUCACAGCUCUCUUGGAUUCUCCAUGCGAC